AUGGCAAUGUUUGAGGAACUGCCGGAAGAGUGCAUUGCCAUUAUACUGUCUCGUACGACUCCGGUUGACGCGGGAAGACUCUCCCUCGUUUGUAAGACAUUCCAUUCUGCCGCCAAUUUUGACGAUGUAUGGAACCGUUUUCUCCUCUUUUCCGUCCCCCAAUUCAUGGCAUCUAUUAUUUCACACAAUCUUUUGCUUACCAAAAAGGCCAUCUAUCUUGCCCUAUCUGAUCGCGGUAGCCCUAUCAUCAUCAACCAUGGUAAAAUUGGCUUUUAUUUAGAUAGAAAGAGUGGAAAAAAGUGUUGCAUCCUUGCUGCUAAAUCUCUCAGCAUUGAUAGAUACCGACGCUUCAUUGUUACUACUAUACAUGAUUCCAGGUUCCCUGAAGUUGCUGAGCUUCGUGAUGUGUUUUCGCUUGAAAUUCGUGGAAGGAUAGACACUCUUGCCUUGUCUCGAAAUACUCAGUAUGUAGCUUAUCUUGUGUUCAAGUUGAUUGAUGCUCAAGGAUUGGAGAACCAUCCUGUGGAGUUAUCAGUUGGUGUCAAAGGUGGCCUUAAUAUUACUAACGUUGGCUGUUUGGAUCCAUAUGUGAGAGGUAUGCGAUUCAACAACAUAAAAGGAUUGCGACGUGCUAGUGUAAGAAACGAUGGGUGGUUGGAGAUUCAUAUGGGAGAGUUCUUCACUUCAGACCUUAAAGAUGAAGAAAUCCAGAUGAGUGUUAUCGAGAAGCAUGGUGCGUAUUUGAAGAGAGGCUUCUUUGUUGAAGGAAUAGAAGUUAGGACAAAGAAGACAAUUUAG